UCGUAGCCUCGAUCCUCGUGCCAACAGCCUAGCAUCGGUCUCGUCUCCUCGCCGUCCCAUCCCUCCAUUAACGCCUCCUCCUCGUCGUCGUAGCCGCGGGGCGUUCUCAGACCGAGGCGGGAUGAGCUGCGGCGAGAGGCCACUCCCGCCGCCAGGGUUCGGCGCCGACCGGCGACCACACCGGGGAGAUUCCACAGGUACCAUGUCUGCCACUCGUACCAGCACGGUGGUCAACAUAGAAACAGAAACUGACGAUGGAAGUCUUGAGGUUCUACAACAAAGUUACAGGCUGAACGAGCCAAUGGCUAGUCAAAGCAGCAGUCGUACAAAAGCAAGCCUCGCUGGGAAUAAUAAUGUGUCACCCACAAAGGGUCCAUAUAAGAGAGUUUGUGCUGAUGCAACCAAAGUUGCAUCACUAGGUGUUAAUGCAAGUAAAACUGGACAGCACCUGCGCCCCUGUAAAAAAAGCAAGGGUUUAGGGAAACAUAGCAAGUUGGAAGACUAUCAAGGUGAUGCUGAAUUGAGGAGACUGCAAACACCAAUCAACAUAUUUGAAGAUGAAUGCGUUUUCUGCCAUUCAUUUAGAACCAGUGAGAAUUUUCAUGGUCCCAUAGUCCUGUAUCGAAAGGGAAGGAUUGUGUCCAGUGACGAGGGCAACCCAAAAAAUGCCAUCUAUGUUCAUAAAGAGUGCAUGGACUGGGCCCCAAGAGUGUAUCUUGUUGGCGAUGAUAUUUUUAACAUGGAGAAGGAAAUCAGCCGUUCAUCAAGGUUGAAAUGCAGCAGAUGCAAACUUCCGGGGGCAGCUCUUGGUUGUUAUCACCACCCCUGCCCCAAAAAUUAUCAUGUUCCAUGUGCAGUGAUGAUCCCAGAAUGCUGCUGGGAUAUGAAAAAUCGCCAUGUUUGGUGCCCCAAGCAUGCAUCUGAUCCAUUACCAUGUGAUGUAACGAGCUCACCAAUAAUGGAAAGUGGCAUUACUUCUCCCAUCCUUCAAAACCGAUGUUCAGGCAAAGGACUUAGACUACUAACAAAGGGGUACAGCCAAUGUUCAGGCAAAGGACUUAGACUACUAACAAAGGGGUACAGCCAAUGUUCAGCCGGUUACCGGAGAGAAGAAAAACAAAUGAACCAGUCAAGAACCAUUGUGAACGAAAAGGUCCUGCUUGGUUCAGCUUUAAGUGCAUCACAGAAGGAUUCUCUCAAAAAAUUUGCUUCCUUGACCAAUUCAACCUUGGUUGAGGAAUGGGACAAAAAUGUGACUCAUGUUAUUGUGGACAGAAGUGCGGGUAUCACAUGUGGCAGGUCAUAUGAGGUCCUGAUGGCGAUACUCUCUGGAAAAUGGGUUGUCAGAGCUGAAUGGAUUGUGGAUUGCUUGGCUCAGCUGAUUCCAGGUCCAGAAAUUUGCUUGGCAGAGCCAGUUACAGUUCCGGAAACUUCUUAUGAGGUGGAAUUCUUCAAUGCUUCGCACAUAUCGAUUGAGGGACCAAAGAAAGGAAGAGUUGGAGCAGCUGAAGGGGCACCAAAGCUUUUCUCAGGGCUGCAUUUCUUCCUCAGCGCGUACAUGGACCUGGAACUCAGGGAAAACCUAGAAAAUCUCAUAUCAGCCGCGGAAGGGAAGGUCCUGGAGGCACAGGAGAGUGCGUGCGAAAAUACCACCAAGGUAUACUUCGUCUAUGUUGGCGGCCCUCCAAGAGAUUUCGCUGCCACUUUACUUGUUGACAAGGAGAUAGAGGAGGCACGGAACUAUGCGGCAUGUGGAGCGCAGGUGAUCUGCCACCUUUGGCUGUUUGAUGCCAUCAUGUCUUACGAUGCGGCGCUGCUGGAACGGAGUUAUCGCGAGGGCCGCUAGCCAGGCGGAGCUUCUUUUGGCUCAUGUUCAGGAGAGUCUUUUGGGUUGGCCCUGCAUCAGUUGUGGGGUUGGAUUGGUUGUAUAGUGCUUAUGCGCAUCAGGUAUGCUCAGCCAAAUGGUCAGCUUUUGUGGGGGUGAUGGCUUGGUUGUAAGUGUAACGUUCGUAGUCCUUGUUUUGGUGAUGGAUCGAUCAUUGAAAAGGCCAAACACCUGGUGCUGGACGCUGGUUUAGAGAUCGAGAGUCGAGCCUGCGGUGACAGCUUAUGUUUUGUGGCAACGACUGUAACCUCUGUUGGGCGACAUCAGAUACUUUGGCAUUGUAAUAACAGGUUGAUAAAAGAUGAGAAAUGCUGAUGUA